CUUGCCGGCCGCUUUAUAAGACAGCGACGCGCCCCACCUCCAGCUCUCACCCGCACCGUUUCUACGACCGGCAUCCCCUUGCGCGCACCCAUACAGCUCUGCAUUGAGACGGCAUGCCCCUCGCCAAACUCCCUCGUUCCGCACGGCUCCCCGUGCGUUCGUAUGCCACCACGGGCUCGCGAGCACUCGGUACACUGAGUGCGGCUGCGAAAGCAAAGGCCGAACAGAUCUCCCAGGAGUGGAAAGGCACAAGCGCGACGGGAGGGAACACCAAGAACUUCGUCGGCGGCGAGUUCGUCGAGAGCAAAGCCGACAAGUGGAUAGACGUCGUCGACCCCGCUACCCAAACGCUCUUGACGAGGGUUCCGGAGACGACAUCAUCAGAGUUUGAGCAGGCCGUGAGCGCCGCUUCGCAGGCUUACAAGACAUGGAGCCGUACCAGCGUUCUGACACGCCAAAGAUUCGUCAUGGACCUACAGUACCAGUUGAGGCAACACAGCGACGCCAUUGCGAGUAGCAUUGUACUCGAGCAGGGCAAAACCUAUGCCGAUGCACAGGGUGAUCUGCUUCGUGGCCUACAGGUGGUGGAGACCGCUGCUGGUAUCCCGUCUGCACUCCUUGGCCAGACGAUCGAGGUUUCCAAGGACAUGGACACCUCGACGCGUCGGCUACCAUUGGGUGUAUGCGCAAGCGUGGCACCAUUCAACUUCCCUGCCAUGAUUCCGCUUUGGACCAUCCCUGUAGCACUUGCUACCGGUAAUACGCUCGUACUGAAGCCGUCGGAGCGCGACCCAGGUGCUGCCAUGAUCAUUGCGGAGCUAUGUCAGAAGGCCGGUCUUCCAGAGGGCGUCCUCAACGUUGUGCACGGCACUGUCCCGACCGUGAACGCCAUCUGUGACCAUCCUGACAUCAAGGCGAUUAGCUUUGUAGGCGGUGACCGUGCUGGCAAGCAUAUCUACGAGCGAGGACGAGCCACUGGAAAGCGUGUCCAGGCCAACUUGGGUGCAAAGAACCAUGCCGUCCUCAUGCCAGAUGCUAACAAGAACCAUGCUUUGAACUCGAUUCUCGGUGCCGCUUUCGGCGCUGCUGGUCAGCGGUGCAUGGCCAUCUCUGUUGCUGUCCUCGUCGGAAACGCUCAGUCAUGGAUCCCCGAACUCGUUGAACGGGCUCAGAAGCUGAAGGUCACUCAAGGAUUCGAGAAAGGCGCUGAUCUCGGACCUGUCAUAUCUCCUGCGGCCAAGCAGCGCAUCACCGGUCUGAUCGCCUCCGCUGAGGAAGAGGGGGGCGUCGUUGUUCUCGACGGCCGUGGCUUCCAGGUAUCUGACUACCCAGACGGUAACUGGGUCGGCCCUACCGUCAUCGAGGCUACCACCACCAUGCGGUGUUACCGGCUUUCCACCUACAGCGAGGAAAUCUUCGGACCAGUGCUUAUCGUGCUCAAGGCUGACACGCUCGACGACGCGCUCGCGAUCAUCAACGAGAACCGGUACGGGAACGGCACGGCGAUCUUCACGCAGAGCGGCGCGACCGCGCGCAAGUUCGAGCGCGAGGUCGAGGUCGGCCAGGUCGGCGUCAACGUGCCCAUCCCCGUCCCGCUCCCGAUGUUCUCCUGGAGCGGGAACAAGGCGAGCUUCCUCGGCGACGUGCCGUUCUACGGCCGCCACGGCAUCGACUUCUACACGCAGAACAAGACGACGACCGCGCUGUGGAAGGCCGAGGACGCGAUCGGGAACAAGGCGUCCGUGGAUAUGCCGACGCACCACUGA